UUUGGGAGUUGUUUGGCGAGACGGAGGAAGCGGUCUAUUGGAGGGAAGGGUGAGCAGUUAAUUUAAUUCCAGUGGCGUCUUCCUUGACGAUGAAGGUGCGCAGUUUAAAGCGAAUCUCCUUUGGUAAAGUGGGCGCAGGUUAAACCAGUAGAGAGAGAAAGAUAGAAAACUAGAGAGAGAGAGAGAGAGAGAGAGAGAGAGAGAGGGUUGUGGCCGAUGCGAAGGAAUCAUGUCUCGAAUGAAGCAUCUGCUGCGAAAGCUUCACAUCGGAGGUGGGCUCAAUGAGCACCAUAGAAUGGCCGAUGCCCGACCCGAACCUGUACCGGUAUCUAAUCCAUCUCCUCCAUUGGCUCCGUCUUCGUCUUCCUCUUCAUCGUCGGCUCCGUUGCCGUCACCGUCUCCGACAACGCCUGAUUUCAAUUUCUUUGAGGAGGAGUUCCAGGUGCAGCUUGCACUGGCAAUAAGCGCAUCAGAUCCCAGUGCAGGCCGCGAGGACCCGGAGACUGCACAGAUCAAGGCCGCCAAGCGGAUUAGCUUGAUUGGGUGUUUGCCGCCGGUCCCCGAAAGCGAAACCCUAGUUGAAUUUCUCUCGCUUCGAUACUGGAACUAUAAUUUUAUCAAUUAUGAUGAAAAAGUGGUAGAUGGGUUUUAUGAUGUUUAUGGCAUUACCACAAAUUCACUGUCGCAAGGGAAAAUGCCUCUGCUUGUGGAUCUUCGAGCAUUAUCUGUAUCAGACAAUCUUGAUUAUGAAGUGAUUUUGGUGAACCGAUCUGUUGAUCUCGAAUUACAAGAGCUCGAGAAUAGAGCAUAUUGUAUAUUUUUGGAGUGCCAAGCUUUGGAGCAUGACCCAAUUUUAAGUGGUUUAGUUCAAAAACUUGCUAAUCUUGUCGUUGGUAGAAUGGGUGGGCCGGUUGGUGAUGCUGAUGAAAUGUUGAAAAGGUGGACUGUGCAGAGUUAUGAGUUGCGAAAAUCUCUAAACAACGUCAUCCUGCCACUCGGCUGCCUGGAUGUUGGACUUUCACGGCACAGAGCCUUGCUUUUUAAGGUACUAGCUGAUAAGAUCAAUCUUCCAUGUAUGCUGGUCAAAGGAAGCUACUAUACUGGCACUGAUGAGGGAGCUGUAAACUUAAUUAAAAUUGAAAACGGAAGUGAAUACAUAAUUGAUCUAAUGGGUGCUCCUGGUGCACUAAUUCCUGUGGAGGUACCAAGUGGUCAUCUUCAAAAUUUGGGAUCAGAUGUAAGGAGUUCUUCAGUUGUCACUGGAACUGUCGAAGAUCCCUGCCUGGUGCCUGACAGGGAUCAGAUGAAAGGAAUUGAAACAUUGGCAGUUUCACCUUAUCACGAUGAAGUUGCUGAAUUUUGUAGUUCAAAUUCAGAAUAUGAAGCCAUUCAAUCAAUAGAGAGUGAUGAAAAACAUGCCAAAAAGAAUAGAGCUGAAAGAUUUGAACAUGAUUUUGGGAAGCUUCUUCCAUCACUACGUAGAUCACAUGAAUGCUCAUCGCCUUUCAGUAGGAAAUCAUCGUCUGCUCAAAAGAUGAAAGUUAAAGAUGUGUCCAAAUAUGUCAUAAGUGCUGCAAAAAACCCAGAAUUUGCGCAGAAAUUACAUGCUGUUUUGUUAGAGAGUGGUGCAUCACCACCGCCUGAUUUAUUUAUGGAUAUAAAUUCCCAAGAUCUGGGAGAACAGAAUAUGCCUAGAAAAAUUCAGAUGUCAGAAGGGAAAAAGGUUGAUGAUGAGGUUCAAUGUCAUCCAGAUAAGACAAUGUCAAACAAUGAGCAAUGCUCUAACCCUUCUUUGCCUCCCCAUACAACAAGUGAUGGAUAUGUGAUUGUUGGUUGUGGGUCUAAUGAAAUGAUGCAAGCUGGUUCAACAGGUGUGGACAUUUCUCCCGGUGCUCAAUCUAGAAUUGUUGCAAUAAGUUCAUAUGGGGAACAAAGUCAUGAAUCACCCAAACAUAAUGCAAUUGAUUCUUGCCGAAGACAGCUUGAAUCAGUCAAUGAUGGUGGACAUAACUCUCUGCAAAGUGCAGGGAUGAUUGUCCGUGACACUGAAAUUGACAAUGAUUCUACCUCAAGAAUGGGUGAAAGAACCAACAAUGGCGUGCUUAUUGAUUGCGAUCACAGCAAUAGGAUUAAUGCAAUGCUGGAUGAGGUUGCAGAAUGGGAAAUUUCUUGGGAUGAUCUUCAGAUUGGUGAACGUAUUGGUAUUGGUUCAUAUGGUGAGGUUUACCAUGCAGAUUUGAAUGGCACUGAAGUUGCGGUGAAGAAGUUCUUAGACCAAGAUUUCUCUGGUGAGGCGCUGGUUCAAUUUAAGUGUGAAGUUGAGAUCAUGUUAAGGCUGAGACAUCCUAAUGUUGUUCUCUUCAUGGGUGCAGUUGCUCGCUACCCAAAUUUCUCGAUACUGACAGAGUUCCUCCCAAGGGGGAGUUUAUAUAGGUUGUUGCACCGAACCCAUAUUCAACUUGAUGAAAAGAGGCGCAUGCGAAUGGCUCUUGAUGUGGCCAAGGGAAUGAAUUACUUGCACACAAGCCACCCUACCAUUGUGCAUCGCGAUCUGAAGUCUCCAAAUCUCCUUGUUGAUAAAAACUGGGUUGUGAAGGUUUGUGACUUUGGUUUGUCACGGAUGAAGCACCACACUUUCCUGUCUUCGAAGUCUACUGCUGGAACGUCUGAAUGGAUGGCGCCAGAAGUUCUAAGGAAUGAACCAUCCAAUGAGAAAUGUGAUGUCUACAGUUUUGGUGUUAUAUUGUGGGAGUUGACUACCUUGCGUGUGCCAUGGAUUGGUAUGAACCCAAUGCAAGUUGUUGGUGCUGUUGGAUUUCAAAAUAGACGUCUUGAAAUUCCAGAAGAGGUUGAUCUGCCAGUUGCACAGAUAAUACGUGAUUGUUGGCAGACUGAACCUCAUUUGCGGCCUUCUUUUUCACAGCUGAUGUCUCGUCUCCGGCAUCUUCAGCAUCGUAGUUGUUGACAGAAUAUAGAGACUACAAAUUGGACAGAACAGCGAUGACAGUACUGUUGUAUAGUGAAGAAAUUGUUCUAGGCUCGAAGAGUCAGAGCAGCAGAAGUUUCAAUUUGGAAAACCAUGGAACAUUUGAGUGCGCUGGAUUGGGAGUGCUGGUUCAUUCAAAGUGGGGACUCAGCACCGCCGAUUCAGAAAAGAGUGGGAAGUAGCUUUUAGCAAUGAAAAUAGGUGAUAUACCUACACGCUAGUUGUUUAAUUCUGCUAAGGCAGAAGGAAAAAAAAAUGGCCCCGCGGGGGGGGGGGAAUCGUAUGUAUCAAAGUUCUACAAAAAUGGGGUCAAAAAAAAGAAAAAGAAAAUAAUCUUGGAGUUCUAGUCCCUGGAAGUAUUUUCAAGCUUCCGGCUUUGAAAUUGUAAAACAUUUGAUCUCUGUAGGUUGUGCGGAAAGUAUAAUAAAAGGACAAAAAAAAAAAAUUUACAGAAAA